AUGAUAGGAAACGAAGUCUCUGCCGUCCAACAGGCAUUUAACAAGCUUUUUACGACCUUGACUCCUGAUCAGAUUCAGGACUUCCAGCAAUUUUUGCAGCAAGUUAAUACUGCCAACAACGCUGCCAAUAACGCUGCCAACAAUGCUGCCACCAAUGCGGUCAACGUUGCUCCCAGCAACACUACCAGCAACAUUUUCGGCAACACUUCCGGCAACGCUCUUAGCAAUGUUCCCAACAAUGUCAACAAUGUCGCCGCUACUAUGCCUUCAGUGGGUCAUGCGCCUGCUAGCCUUCCAAACACCAGUCUUAGUGCUAGCAUGACGAUGGCAGCUCCGAUGGCAGUUCGAGCUCCAGCUCCAUCUCAAGUUACAGCUCCAAGGGCAGCUCCUAUGACAGCCCGAGCAAGACCUAAUUCCAUGUCUCGAACUCAAGCUUCUCGUGGGAAACGCGGUCGUGGGAAUGGAAAGCUGCGCCCUCUCAAUUCAUUCAUAGCAUUCAGAAGCUUCUACUCUACUGUAUUCCCGGAUCUUUCCCAGAAGAUUAAAUCUGGUUUGCUGCGCCAUCUCUGGACAUCUGACCCUUUCAAAGCAAAGUGGGCAAUCCUUGCGAAGGCAUAUUCCAUUAUUCGUGACAGUCAUGCUGAUCAGGUCAACUUGGAAUCUUUUCUAACACUAAAUGGGCCAUUGAUUGGAAUUGUGGGCCCGAAAGACUACCUUCGCGUGAUGGGAUUACAACUGGCUGUGAACAUGGACAAGCAAUUCUCCGUCAUGAAAACCAAUCCACUCAUUGGGCCUACUCAGGGUGACUUGACGACAAACCUUUCAGUCGAUGACCUUGUCGCUCACUGCUAUCAGGUUGGUUAUGUCGCAGGGGCCAUUUAUCCAAACAACGGCAGCCAAGGAGUUGGAGUGGCAAUGGCAGUGGCUGCUCAACCAAACCACGCUCAUUUCCCACAAACCCUUGGACUUCCCCAACCAAUGAUCCAGAACCCUGACCCCGUUCUUGGGGGUGGGAGUACGGACGUUAACAACGAUCGCACGAAUACUUCUGGUAUUGGUUCUGAAGCUGACAAUGAUCAGACAUCCAUCCAGGACAACGGUGUUUUACCCAUUGAGGUUCCUUACUAUACUGUGGAAAAUAUCAAUCAGGAAAUACGGAUCGCUAUGAACGAGCUCCCUAUCGACAUUGAAGGCACCAAUUACUUCGCUGUAUUUAACCCUGAACUUCGCAAUUCUGUAUUUAACUACCAACCAUACCGUGUCCAAAGCGACUUCGACCCUUACGAUAUUACCGAGUACCUUGACAUCUAG